AAAGAAGAGGAGUAGAAAUGGAGGGAAAGAAAAUGAAGGAAGACAAAGGUAGUUGAGGUGAGGAGUUAAUUGGGUGGAAAACCGUAGGAAGGGCCCCACAAACGGCUUAAUUGGGCGAAAACCAUAUGUGAAUAGUGCUAGACAAACAUUUGCGAUUAGUUCGAAAAAAACCCGAGUAGUUUACCAUUUUAUAUAGUACAUUAGUACUUCAUAUAAAUUGGAAAUUUCUACCCCAAUUAAUCAAUAAAUACCUUGAAAUUCAAAUUCUGGAACCCUGGCACUACUUUUUCACCAAUACAAAAAUACAAUUGCAAACGACGGCCACCCUCCACGAAACCCUCACUGUCGUCGAAAUUCUCCCUCUUUCUUACAAUGUACUCUUACUGUGGUUUCAUGCGGAAGUAAAGGUUGAUUCUACUUGAAUUGUAGGUUUGUAAUUAGGGCUCAAUUGAUUUUGAUUUCCGACUGAAAUUGCAAUUCAAGGUUUCAAAAGCUCCUGAUUUUCCAGCAAAAUUCAUGGGCAAAUAUGAUUUUGAGGAAGAAUUAUCCGGCAGUGACGGCGACGAUGAUUUCUUGCAUGAUGAGAUUCGAGCGCUUUCGAUGGCGUGUAUGCCGCUGCAGCCACCGCCUUCCGCCGCAGACGGUGGCGCCACUGCCGACAACGAUGAAUUUUCCGACGACAAUGAUGACGACGACGAUGACGACUUCGAAUUGGUUCGUAGUAUAAAAGAGCAGUAUGGGUGUGGGGAUGAUAUUUCUCAACCACUGUCUUUGAAACCCAUUAUGAGUUUACCUCCUGCUUUGUCUGAUGAUGAUGAAGAUGAUUUCGAAACUCUCCGUGCUAUUCAGAAGCGCUUUUCACGGUAUUGUGGCGCCGGUGCUGGUGGUGGGGAUGCUGCUGGUGAUGAUGAUGCAAUGGCAAGCAAGGAUGAUGACUCUGUUGACAAAUCAUUCCACAAAAGUGAUGCCGUUGGCACGUCUUUGGGAAGUGAAUUCUUGGAUGUACAUCAACGUGAUUUUGGACAAGACACUUGGGAUGCUGCUGAGAAUUUUCAGAAUGUGGAGACUUCUAGCUGCACCUCCAGCUUCCCCAUGUCCGCACAAACAUUUAUGGAAGCUAUAAAGAAAAACAGGUCCUCUCAGAAAUUUAUACGAAGCAAGAUGCUUCAUAUUGAAGCUAGGAUGGAAGAAAUCAAUGACAUUAAAAAGCGCCUGAAAACACUUCGAGACUUCCAGGUGCAGUGCAAGAAAAAAAUUGGUCGAGCAUUGUCUCAGAAGCAGGAUGCUCGUGUCCAGCUAAUUUCAGCUCUAAAGCAGAGAGCUAAUACAAAGGGUUCGGAGAAAAAUAUUUCUGCAAUGCUAUAUGGCCCAUUGGAGAACUCCCAUGUUGUUUUGUACAAGGCUGCUAUGGAGAAUUUUCCGCUGUCAUUUCAUCGGGAGAAAUGGUCAAAGGAUGAAAAACAACUUCUUAAUAAGGAAAUUAGUAACCAGUUCCAGAAAAGUUUGUUCAACAAAUCUGCUGAUGCAAUAAGUGCUAUUGAGGAAUCUGGCUUUGACAAUGGAGUGGAUGGCAUGAUAUCAUCAAUAAAAAAACUUGAAAUUACUCCGGAAAUUAUCCAAGACUUUGUAGGAAAGGUGGACUGGAAUCAAUUGGCUUCUAUGUUCCCACGUCGCUCUAGAGAAGAGUGUGAGGCAAGGUGGUUAAAUAAUGAAAAUUGCGUGAUCAACCGAGAUAACUGGACAUCAGACGAGGACAAGCAUCUUUUGCUUCUCGUUCAAAAGAAUGGAAUCCAUAAUUGGAGUUAUAUUGCUGAAAAAUUGGAAACUAAUAGGACUCCUUUUCAGUGUUUGGCACGUUAUCAAAGGAGUCUUAAUGCAAGCAUAUUAAAAAGAGACUGGACAGAAGAUGAAGAUGCUCAAUUGCGUUGUGCUGUAGAGUCUUUUGGGGAGAGUAAUUGGCAAGCUGUUGCUUCUGUAUUAGAAGGACGGACAGGUACCCAGUGUUCUAAUAGGUGGAACAAAACUUUGCUUCCAGCAAGACAACGGGUAGGGACAUGGAGUAUUAGUGAAGAUAAACGCUUAAAGGUUGCUGUCACUCUUUUUGGCCAUAAAAGCUGGCACAGAAUAGCCUCGUUUGUUCCAGGAAGAACCCAAGCACAGUGUAGAGAAAGAUGGGUUAAUGUUCUUGAUCCAUCUUUGAACCGGGGUCAAUGGACUGAAGAAGAUGAUAUGAGGUUAAUAAAAGCAAUACAAGAACAUGGGUACUGCUGGUCAAAAGUUGCUGCCUGUGUUCCUUUACGAACAGAUAACCAGUGCCGUAGGAGAUGGAUGAGGUUGUUUCCGAAUGAUGUUCUACGACUUAAAGCUGCUAAAGAUAUUGAGAAGGCUGCUCUUAUAUCAAAUUUUGUGGAUAGGGAGUCCGAACGUCCUACUCUUGGGGCGAAUGACUUUGUUCCAUUGCGUAUCACUGACUCAACUAAUAGGCAGGAAAUUGAAAACGUAACCCAAGAACAAAACAAGUCUAGGAAAAGUAGGAAAGCAGAUCAAACUAGUGUUUCCUGCCGUGGUCCGAAAGGGGUUAGAUCAAGAAAGUGUAAAAAAGGUGAUAGAUUAACUACGUACAAUGAUGAUGAUGCACGUAGGACAAAUGGGAAAAGAAGAGCCAUUAGAUCUGGCUCUAAAGAAAGAAGAAAGACUAGAAAUUGUAGUCUUGCAGCAGAACCCAAUAAGUCACGUGAAAUCCCAGAAUUACAUGAUAAUAGUGAAUCGGAGACCUUGAACAUUCCAAUCCGCAUCAGAUCGAGAAGGCUUCGAGGAGUAAGAUCGAAGGAGGUGCCUCUGAUUAGUCAUUGUGGUGGGUCCCAGGCUACUGGCAUACAUGACACUGAGAUGAAUGUAGCUACUCUUGUGCAUUCCUCAAGUCAGGAUAAUGAUCCUGAAAUGCUGGAUGGUCAGUCCUCUCUUUCUGAUUUACUAUUGAGGAUACGUGAAGAAAAGGUAGAAAUGUCAAAUAUAGUUGCUAAGACGAAGAAAAGAAGAUUCUCUAAACUGCAACCAAGGAGGAGCUCUUUAGCUAAGACUAAUCUUGGGGAUAACAACUGUGAGGCAAUGGAAUUGAGAACAUUUGAUGAUGGCAAUGAGACUCUUCCUAAGGAUGUAGCUUGCUCAAGUAAGGAGAAUGCUGUAACAAAGCAGAAGAAAAGAAAGUUGCUUCUUGAUCAAUCUGUAGGAUGGGAAGAUUUGCCCUUGGCAGUUCUAUUUAGAAGAAAUGUUACUCGCAUACAGAGGAGAAUUUCCAGCUAAUAUUUUGGAGACAGUAAGAUUAAAGACUAAGAGAUGAGCAAAAAGGUAUGGACAGGGGAGGGACUCCAAUUGAGUAGAGAACUGGUUGAUUUCCUCGAUGUAUUGCUGGCUUAUGGUAUACAAAAGGAUGGUGUAAUCAUUGUGGCCGAAUAUUUCAGCAUGAGGUGGAAUGUGCAAAAAUAUUGACCAACCCCUGGACCUGGUCAGGAGGACAACAUCCACGUUUUAAGUGAUGUUUUGGCCACGUCAACUGUUGCUGCUUUGGACUAGUAGCCUAUGAUUGAACUUCAUAAAGUUUGGUGUUGGAUAAUUCAGCACUCCAAUUGAAGCGUCACAAAUUGGCUAAGAUAGUGCUGACUGUAAUUUACGCAGUUCACCACUCAGAAGAACAGGACUGGGGGAAGUGAGGAUUGCACGAUGAUGCAUGUAACUCUGAUUAGAUUAUCAGGUCUGUUAGCCAGUGUAUUACUCGCUUUCUUUUCUAAAUGUAAUAAUACUCGUGGAUGUGCUCCUCCAAUAGUUACAAUCAUACCAUAGUGCUUUAUUUGGAAGCAGUAUCACUUCAGCAGUCCUGAUAUAUAUGUACAUAAACAAAAUUGUACAUUGUUGUGUAGAAUCAGUGAAUAUAUAGUGAUAAUCUUUAAACUGUAAAAUAUUGUUCAUAUGUGGUUUUGUUUCCAGUUUUCC